AUGAACACACUCUUUGGAAUACCACAGAGGUGCAUUACUGUGAGCACUGUUGGGGUGAUACCAAGAAUACGGUCCUUGGCCCAUGACGCUUCCGGAGUCAAGCUUGCCCUCUCGCUGCAUGCCCCGACCCAGGCCCUUCGAGAGAAGAUAGUCCCCUCAGCCAAGGCUUGGAGUAUUGACGAGUUGAUGGCAGCAGUGGAUGAGUACUCUGAGGCCAGUCGGGUAGCUGGACGGCCCGAUGGUAGUGGUGGGGGCGGGCGGAAGAAGGGUAGUGUUAUGAUAGAGUACGUUGUGAUAAGGGAUGUCAAUGACACUGAGGAAUGCGCUCACCAGUUGGGAGUACUUAUGAAGAACCGCAAGGCCGUAGUGAAUUUUAUCCCUUACAACGCGGUUGAUAACGGUAGCAACUUCGAACCACCUCUAGAGUCUUCGGUCACCCGGAUGGUCUCUAUCCUCAAGGACGUCUAUGGUGUUAGAGUGUACUACCGGCGGCAUCAUGGCCGAGACAUUGAUGCGGCAUGCGGUCAGCUCGCCAAGAAGAGGCCUCGUAUGGUACCCGAUUUGGAGGACCUUGGCACGGCUUGGGCAGCUGGGUCGGGUACCGUGGUCCAGCCUAUUCCCGGAGCAGGAGGAGAAGGGUUUAAUAAGGCUAGACUUGCUCUGGUAUCACUAGGGAUUUGUGCUGCAGCUGUAGUGAGUUUCCGUUUACUACGGCGGCGAGUCUCGUGA